AUGUCUAAAGAUGAUAACGUCGUCCUCUCUUCACAGGAUUCUUCCUCUGAUCUUGAGUUGGGACUCGCCUUAAGCCUUUCUCCCUAUGCCUCUCAUUCCGAUUCUCAUUCUCCUCUACCCUCUAACUCUCCCAGUCAAGUAGUUGGAUGGCCUCCCCUUGGAGUGUAUAGAAUGAACAGCUACAAUAGCCAUGCAAAAUCACCAGCUGCAGAAAUAUUCAAUUCUACAAUUGAGAAAAGAGAGAGCAAUGCUACUUUGGUAAGGAAGAGUGCAAAUGGUGGCAGUGAUAAUGACAACAUUAUUGCCAAAGAAAAAAGAAGCCUUAGAAGUUCCUUGUUUGUGAAAGUAAAAAUGGAUGGGAUACCAAUUGGAAGGAAGGUUGAUUUGAGUGCUCAUAGUUCCUAUAAAACCUUAGCUCAAACCUUGGAGCAUAUGUUCAAUGAAUCUACUACAGUCCACACUUGCAAAGGAUCAAAUGGAGAAGAUUGUUGUACUAUAGUUGGAGCAGAUGGGCAUUCAAAAUUACUGGAUGGUUCUUCUGACUUUGUGCUCACUUACGAAGACAAGGAAGGGGAUUGGAUGCUUGUUGGAGAUGUUCCUUGGUGGAUGUUCCUUAACUCUGUGAGGAGGCUAAGAAUCAUGAGGACACCUGAGGCUAAUGGACUUGAUUGGAAGAAAAGAACAGCAAAUUGAAAAGCAAGCCCAUAUAGAGAAUAUUUGCAUCUUUAGUUGUGUAUACAUAAAACUUAUGGCCUAAAAUGUACAUAAAAAACAGAAGUGAUAAAAAUGAAAAAAAGAAAAGAAAAAUAGUAAUACUAUGAGUAAAUGGAUUUUGAUAUUUAAAUGAUCAAGCCUUUUUUUUUUUUGGGUGGGGGGUUCAGUUCAUAUGCUGUUUGUUAAGUUCUCUUGGUAUAUCACUUGGAGGGCACA